UGCUGAGGGCUGGAUAAUGCGCACGAUAUUGGUGGGAAUCGCACAGAGCUAUCCGUGGCCUUUGACAUGAAUGCCGAGUGUGAGCCCAUGCCGGAUAUAGAAGCCGGUCCUCCCAUUAUCUUAGAUAUACAAUCGAAUGAUUUGCAGGAGCUCACCGCCGAAGAGCAGACGGUCAUCACCAAUUGCCGCCGUCCGCGCACCACUCUGGACCAGACGACUGGCCCAAAGGAUGCUGUGACUGUUAGCAACCCGAAGAAAACCAAAACCGCUGCCGCUGCCGCUGCCGCCAAGCCACGCAUGAAGGAGUUGCACUAUGGAAAAGGCAAAGAGGAGCUCUUCCAGCCUCUUGAUGCCAACAUAAAGCAGCAAAAGGUCAACUAUCAAAAGAAAUGCGAUGCCCGAAAGCUGAUGCCCACGAAAUCCAACAAUGAAGCGGAUUACCAAGUUAGCCAGCGAUUUGGUAAAGCCGAUCUGGUUGAGAGUCUGGGCAAUGAUGUGGAUAUGGAUAGGGGCUUACACCACGGUGAUGCCGAUAGAGAGCUCUUUGACAAUGAAAAUUUCACCACAGAUGAUUCUGUCAUGAACCGAAUGUCGGCAGCGGACAUUGAAGAUCCCAUGGACAUGAUGAAUAAGGAUUCAUGUGGGGAUAUGCCCAAUCAAAGCCAAAGCAUGCAUGAGGGUGAGGAUACAAUCAUGGAGAUAUCCACCGAAUUUAAGGGUGCACCAAGGCAGGUCAGCAAAGUGAUUGGGCCAUUUGCGAAGCGUGCCAAGGUGAUCGACAUGAAGAAUCUCAAGAAUAGCUGCCAUUAUUUGAUCCAGAAACAAUUCCUCAGUUCUGUCAAUGAGGCAUCGAUACCCUCCCUCCCACUGUCAAAGGAAGAAAGCUACGCCAAGGGUACCGCCAGCUUCCAGGAGGUUUACCGAUCGUUGCCUGAUGUGUUGAGUGACGAAACGAAAGAUUCUCUGUGCCCAUCGGUGGCCCUCAAUGCGGUUCUCCAUUUGGCCAACGAUAUGAAACUGCGACUCAUUCCACAAGAGAAUCUAGAGGAUUUUCAAAUCCGGCAAGUUCUGGAUGACGAAGUUUAAUGACGAGCUUUAAAAAAAACUGAAUUCUGAUACAAUGCUAGAAGUAAUCAAUCUUCACACAAUUUUAAAUACAUUUUCAUGCAACAACACAUACAAAAAACUAAACGAAACGAAUCAGGGCUCUUCUCCAAUGUGUUCUCGGAUGAAUUUUUAAUUCUAUCUCUCAAGUCCUAAGAUUUGCAACAUAUAAACAAUAAAUUAAUAUUUUUGAGAGCA